AUGAAUGAAUACCGCGACUAUCUCAAGGAUGCUAUUAUUGUGCAGAAGACUGUGGUGUCUUACCGAGUCCUAAGCCGAGCUUUGAAAGUCCAUGUAAACCAAGCCAAAGAAAUGCUGUUUGACUUCUACACCUCCGAGAAUGCUACCAAGCCAAAAUCUAUACAUGCAACCUAUAUAGUCACUGGAUAUCGCAAACCACAACCACCUGCCAGCGCGGGGGGGAGAGGGAGCGCCGGUGAUGAUAAUGACACCGUAAUGUUCGACAGUUCAUUUCCAGGAACUCAAACUACAGUUACUACGGGUGAAGUAAAGAAGGGAUUGUGUAAAGUUGUUGAGCUAUGCCAAGAGGAAGAGCUAGAAGCGGUUAAAGCAGAGUUAGAGAAGGUUUUGAGUGUACAUCUGUACAGCUUAGAACAAGUACGAUUAGAGGAUUUUACGAUUCUCACGGGAUGCUCUGCAAAAGUACUUGCAAUUCAUCAAAAUGAAGAUCCUUUGGAGCUUGGAGCUACCUAUGGAAUUAUUUUGAAUACUAGUGCUAAGAGGACGGGUAAUCGAGCUCUUCCAUCGGUACCAGAGCCUGCAAGAAAGGCAACUAUAUCUGUUGGUCAAGAAAAAAAGAAAUUACCAACAAAAAAGGAUCAAGUGGCGGUGAAAAGAGAAGCCGCAGCGAAGAAGAAGGAGGCCAAGUCGGAAACCAGAGACGACCCAGAAGUAAAGGCGGAAACGAAAGAAAAGAAGCCUAUUGCAAAAACCUCUACAUUACCCUCAACGAAAACCGCUUCGGCUGCUGCCAAAGCUAAACGAGGCCAAUCUAAUGAUAUCUUUAGUUCAUGGAAGGCAGCGCCGAAAAAGAAGACCACAGACCCAGUUUCGGAAACCAGUUCUGCUGCACAAAGUCCAAGAGUGGAAGAAGAGUCUUCAAAAGAAGAUAUCGGCGAUGACGAUGAUGAAUUAAAUAAUGAAAAAUCCCAAUCACCUGCCCACGAUGAUACCGAAUAUACAAGGAAGAGAAAGGAAAAGGAUGAAGAGCUUAGAAAUAUGAUGGAUGACGAUGAUGAAGGAGACAUUAAAAUGGAAGAUGACGAAGAACCGCCAGUUAAGAUGGCUAAGAUUGAGAAUCAAGCUGGGUCACCCGAUAUACCCACUGGAGCAGUUGCAGGGGUGGUAACCAGCGGUGGUAGAGUGAGGGGAAAGAGAAAGGUGCUAAAAAAGAUCCAAAGUAGAGACAGUGAUGGAUACUUAGCCACCAAAACGGAGCAUGUUUGGGAGUCGUUUUCAGAAGACGAGCCUGAGCCACCGAAACCGAAGCCAGUGGUGAAGCCAGUGGCCAAGGGCAAGAAGAACAAAGAUAAUCAGUCAAAGGGGCAAGGGAAUUUGAUGUCUUAUUUUGCGAAGAAAUAA